AUGCACGCAGACAAUGCGAAUUUCCAAGCCGGAUUGAGCAAAGUGGAGUCGUACGAGAUGCUGGUGAUGUCGCUGGAAGGGCUGCUGGUUGAGAACUGGGUGUCCAAUCUCGCCAACACCGCGUCCUUGCUGUGGCAUCACUUCCAUUCCCAGCCCAGCCCUCAGAAAGAUGUUAACUGGGCGGGCUUCUAUACUACGGCUACCGCGAAUCAGCUGGCUUUGGGCCCAUUUAUGGGUAAGGUUGCUUGCCAAACCAUCGACUUUGGCCGCGGCGUGUGUGGAGCAGCUGCCGCCACUGGCAAAACCCAAAUUGUGCAAAACGUCCACAGCCACCCCGACCAUAUUGCUUGUGACGGCGAUACCAAGAGCGAGAUUGUGGUUCCUAUUAUCAAUGAAGGUCGGAUUGUUGGUGUGAUUGAUAUUGACUGCACCGAGCUGAAUGGAUUCGACCAAGUCGAUGCGGAAUGGCUGGAGAAAAUCGCCCGGCUACUGGCUCCGUCGUUCAAAGCAUCCACACAAUAA